AUGUGUAAUGAAAUGACGACGUCUCUAAAGACCGAAGUUUUGGAAUCACCUUUAGAAAUUGUCUUAAAAGGAUCCAACACUAAGUUCAUAACCGCUUUUAAAGAGCUUCUUUUGCAUCCAGUGUACUCUAGGCCCACACUUCAAUUUAUUGAAUCAAGUGUGAAGUUAGCGCCUAAUAGAGCUAGAGUUCUGGCUGAGUCGGAACACGGCCGUUUGAUAUUUAUUCAACUCUUAAAACAAACCGAAAGCUGGUAUUCUGGUGAAGACAACUUUUAUUUGCAUCUUCUUAAUAGCAUUAUUUCACAACUUCUCUCCGCUGAUUUGGGAAAUCUAUUUCUUUCGACCUUCAGUGAGCCUAUUGUAAAUGAAGAUGAGAGACUGUCUCUACUGAAAAUAGUAGACGCAGCAAUUGACUCUUUAUUAGAAAGAAAGAGUACAACAUUAGACUGUCAACCACUUCUUGAAAUCUUGUUUAGGGAUUUCACAACUGCAUCUGCUCAGGCUAUUCCAUUUAUUAGAUCGGCUGAUACAAGCCCAGAGUAUUCUGACUCAUUACUCUCACAGCUGACCAACAUCUGGAAUAGACUUAUAGUCCUUCUCGAUAUAUACCAAACAAUUCUUGAUAACCAGCCAUCUUUGAAACCCGAGAUUCUGAAGGAUAACAUAAUUGAGGAGCUUGUUUCUCUACUUGGCGAAGCUCAGAAGUCUUUGCCUAGACGGUCUAAGCUGGCAGAUCUUGAAAAAUCUGCAUCUAAAAGCUCGUCUGGAAAUGUGAGCGACCACGACGACCUGGAUCCGAAAGAUUUUCCUCUAAUUAAGGGUAAAAUUAUCUAUUUACUCGGUACUUUAGUACAAGAGAACAAGCAGGUUCAAGAUCUUGUUAGACAGCUGCAGGGGCUUGAAUUGGUGCUAACAAAUUGUAUAAUUGACCUCAACAACCCAUUCAUUCGUGAGCGGUCAAUUCUCUGUCUCCGCUACCUUCUCGCCAAUAACCCUGAAAACCAGGAUUUCGUUGCCAAAAUGGAAGCUAAAGAAACGGUCUCUGAAGACGCUCUCCACGAAGCAGGUUACGAGACAGAACUGGUUAAUGGCAAGCUCGCUCUUAAGAAACGGACUUAG